AAGUGUCCACUCUGCUCGCAGCUCCUCAGCUGUGGGUUCUCCACUCCACUCCACUCCACGGUGAUGUAACAGGAAGCAGUGGGCUGACUUCCAACGUCAAGCUGAAGCCGCCUGAGCUGCGCGCAUAGAGCCGCGGAGGUCCGCUGUGUUUGGAUCACCGAGCCGAGCAGGAACCGAACCGAACCCUGAGCAGAACCAGAGGACUGGAGCGCGUGCUGGAUCUCUGUUUCUGAUCUGAAACUGUUGAAGUGUUACUUGACAUGGCUGAAAGGAAGAUGGGCGGCUUCGGGUGGAGCUGGAUGGUCACGCUCAUGCUUUUGUGCAAUUUAACAAAGUUCCUUGGUAGGGCCAGCAUGGAGGUUAACGAAAGUCAGCAAGAGCAUCCUAACAACGUCUACCAUGACAUUGGAAUCACCAGAAACAAGAUAGUUACGGCCCAGUUUGAAUGCUACCAGAAGAUCAUGAAAGACGACACAAACGGCAGACAAGAAUCCAUGUGUAAUCGGACUUGGGAUGGAUGGCUGUGUUGGGACGACACCGAAGCAGGAGUUACAUCGGAGCAGCACUGCCCCGACUACUUCCAGGAUUUUGAUCCCUCUGAAAUGGUGACAAAGAUUUGCACGGAAAGUGGGCAGUGGUUUGUGCAUCCCUUCAGCAACCGGACAUGGAGCAACUACACACGCUGCACCGAGCACACCAAUGAAGGCAUGAUGACGGCGAUGAAUCAUUUCUACUUAACCCUCAUAGGACAUGGACUCUCUCUGGUUUCCCUCCUUAUCUCUCUGGCUAUAUUCUUUCAUUUCAAAAGUCUGAGUUGCCAGAGGAUUACUCUUCACAAGAACCUCUUCUUCUCCUUUGUUCUGAACUCUGUAAUCACUAUCAUUUGGCUGACCGCAGUGGCAAACAACCAGGAGCUGUUGCAAAGAAAUCCAGUCAGCUGUAAAGUGUCCCAGUUUAUCCACCUCUACCUGUUUGGUUGUAAUUACUUCUGGAUGCUCUGUGAGGGGAUUUAUCUGCACACUCUCAUCGUCGUGGCUGUGUUUGCUGAGAAGCAGCACUUGAUGUGGUAUUAUCUGCUAGGAUGGGGCUUUCCUCUUAUUCCUGCCUCCAUUCAUGCUAUUGCUCGGAGUUACUACUACAACGACAACUGCUGGAUUAGCUCCAAGACAUCGCUGCUCUACAUCAUCCAUGGUCCCAUAUGUGCUGCUCUCUUGGUCAACUUGUUCUUUCUGCUAAACAUCGUCCGAGUUCUCAUCACCAAGCUGAAGGUGACGCAUCAGGCAGAGUCCAGUCUCUACAUGAAGGCAGUUAGAGCCACUCUCAUCUUGGUUCCUCUGUUGGGAAUUGAGUUUGUUCUGCUUCCUUACAAGCCGGAGGGACGGGUCUCCUCUGAAAUUUACGACUACCUUAUGCACAUACUAAUGCAUUACCAGGGUCUGCUUGUGGCAACCAUCUUCUGCUUCUUCAAUGGAGAAGUCCAAGCGGUUCUGAGGCGGCACUGGAACCAGCACCACAUCCAGUUUGGCAGCAGCAUUGGGAACCACUCGGACGCCCUGCGCUCAGCCUCCUACACGGCCUCCUCCAUCAUCGAGGUGCAGGGCUGCUACACCAUCGAUGGUCACACGGAACACAUGAACGGAAAGGGCUUCCACGACACAGACGCUUCCAUGCUGAAGUCGGACAGCACCUUCGCCUGACAACCAGGCCCUUUCUGACUCUACCCAUCCCUCCAAUUUCUUAACAUCUGCAUCAUUCAUGGAGAAGAGGGGAACUCUGACCGGACGGUGUCAGGAAGUGUGUAGAAAAGGAUUCAGAGUGUCACAAACAUUAAGGAAACGCUCACUUGUCUGCCUCUCCGGAGGUCGGUGAGCUCUGCACAGCUUCUCUUCCACUGUUCUGCUGACGUGUCGGUCGUUCCACCUGGACUCUCACAUUCUACUAUUCCUGAUACAAAAGUUUUUAAACUAAUGCAUAAGGACUGCUGGUUUAUGCUUCUGGCACCAUGUUGUGGACAAAAGCCCUUCGUUUAGACUGUAAAAACCCUUUUAAAGAGACAGUGCCAAACCCGUCUUUCCAAUACAGCCGCUCUCCUUACGUUUAUCCAAGAAAUGACGAAGAUAUAACAUUAAAUCAUAAUAUAUAUAUUAAAGAUACACCAUAUUGUUUAUCAUGGUUUUAUCUAAGCAUUCGUGUUUCUAAAAUAUUACCAUGCUGUCUUUAUUAUAGACCUGCUAGGUUUUAUUUGAAAUCAGACAGCAGAUGUGCUUUAAAAUCAUCUAACCAUGACUGGGAGGAAAAGUCUGGUUUUGAAGAGCAAGAUUGUGUCACAUUCCCUUUUUAUCCCUUCACGGCUCAGACUGAGCAGAAAUGAAAGCUGUUUCGGGUAGAAGCUGCAGAUCGUUGUGUGAGAGAGAGAGAAAAAAAAAGAACUGAAGGAAAUCUUGUUUUAUAACUAGAAGUUUUACCUCAGGUGUACGCAAUAUACUCCACAAUGGAUAGUAUUUAUUGAUGAAAGCCAAGGGGACAGGCUAUGAAAUAAAAGCUAAGCACAACCCACAAUUUUAUAUCAGCUUCGGGUCAUUUCGACCAUUUGCAAAUUCAUACCUCCAUUUUGUACCCUUAAAAAGACAUUUUCUCUUUCUUUUUUUUUUGUACCUAUGUAUGUGGGAUUUUUUUCUGAUCCCAGUUUGAAUCAGUCCACUAAUGAAGUUACGCUGACAAAGAUGACUAAUCAAACCAGAACAACUUAAACUUUUUAAUUUAAUCAUGAAAAGAAAAAAUUCUGACUUGGACUCGUCUGUUGAGUCCCUAAAUAUCUUUAUGAACUAAAAUCAGGAGUCAAAGCGAAGUUGUCUGGAAGCAAACUGCCGCUGUGAUAUGGUCAACAUUCAUGCUCCUGUCAAAGGGAGCGCUUGAUUCGUCCACCAGUUACCUUCAGAGCUUUAACCUAGAGUUGGUAGCUUCCUGCAAACAACAUAGAUAUUUUCUAGCUGAAGUCUGUAUUAUUUUAUUUUGGAUAAUUUUAGUGGUGAAUUAGCCAAACCGCCUAGCCUAGCCUAGCCUAGCCUAAAAAUGGAACCUUAUUAUAUCGUUAGAUUGUUAUAAGGACCUUUUUCUGCUUAACAAAAUAAAAGCUCUCCCUGUUAUUUUCAGACAUUCAACAUAAUUUUCCAAGUCUAACAGAACAUUGAAUCAUGCCAGAAAUCUUUAGUACAGUCCUUUUUGUUUGCUGAUGUUUAAAGGCUCAACACUUGUUCAUUUGCAGAACUAAGUGUGGAGAGCUGUUGUUCAGAUUAAGAACCAGACACCAAAUCACACCAGUGAUCCCUAAAGACGCCUAAUUAGGGACAGGGAGAGCAUUUUUUUUUAUUUAUAAAACCUCACUUAAUUACUGACUUAAAAUGAAUUCAAGCUGAUUUAAACCACUGGUAUUGGAGAGAAGUAGCUCAGGUCCAAAUCCUGCUUCCCAUGUCGCAGCAUUCAGCCUAAAAAUGCUGAGCAGCAGCAGACAUGGAGAGGAUUAAGAAGGCGGGUAUCACACCAGAUGGACUCUAAUGGGAUUUCCAGAACAACUUGUUGACAAUGAUGCAAACUUUUUUUUUAUUUUUUAUUCUUAAGAUUAGCCUUGAUUGCUUUCAGGUUGAGAAUCUUAUUAUUAUUAUGAUUAAUUUAGAAAGAGUUAAACCAAACCUUCAUUUUUUUAGCGGCAACUCUUGUAAGAUACAAUAAAUAGAAUUAAAAUAUGUUCACAGCUUUGCAGAAAUAUUGAAAAAAGUAGAAAUUCUGUUUUUUAUUGACUGACGUUAACCAAAAAAACUGUGACUUUAAUCACAAGGUAUCUGUAAAUAUUUUUAGUGUACCUUUAAAUGCCAUUUACUCACGAUCCUGCUAUGUUGUAAUUUAUGGAUUGGAACAUGUUUACUGUUAAGUCUUAAGAAGGUUUACAAUUAAUGUCUACACAAUCUCAAAAAAGUGAAGUUUUCUUUUGACAAAGAUUAAAUAAAACCUCAGAAAUUGAAAAAGAACAGGUUUUUAUCUAUUUUUUUUAUUGUUUUGUCUAAAUACAAACCAAUAAUCAAUUUUAACAAUUUGACAUUUGAUGGAAGAACCAAAAAUAUAGAUAAAACAAUUAAUAAAAUAAAUUCAAAGGGUUUUAAUUUCAAACAUCAAGAUAUGCAGGGUUAUAUGAAACCUAUCUAAUUCAUAUUGUUUGUAGAGUUAAAGAAACCAGAUAAUUGAAUUAAAAGAAAUUCCUCUCAGAAGAUUCCACAUAAAUCAAAUAUAAUAUUUAAAAACACAUCAGUUUUCAAAGGUACGAAACAUGUUGGUAUGAAUUGAAGCAUGGUCUGUCGAAAUGGCCCAACCUGCAAAAAGCAUCUGGUACAAAACGACCAAAAGUACAAAAUGGCGAAGGGACGAAAUGACCAGCACCCUUCAACAGCUUUUAGAGCCAAAACGCAGCAAAGGUUGAACUUUAUCGCUUUUUCUACGGCUUACAUUUCAGCUUAGACAUUAAAAACUGCUUACGGACAAAAGAA